AUAAAAAUUAUAAACACAAAAGCCCGUCUAUAGGGUUCACUUCAAAUACGACAACACAUUGUUGAUUUUUAGCUUCACGUUUAGCUGCUUUUUGUCGAUUGAGUACACUUCUAAGACUUCAGACUUGAAAUAGGCGGCAAAGCUUUUGUGUACCACAUACAGUGCUACGUGUAUACAUACGUACGUGUGUACCACAUACGCUAAAUGUGCAGUGCAGUGUAAUACUCCCUAUUCAUUAAAAUUAGAAAGCGCGGGGCCGCGACUAACAUGUAAAAUUGAUUGUCUGUGAUUUUUAUUGUUUUAGUUUUACAUCAAUCAAGGAACAUCAUAUCGUCACACCAACGUCAAUUCUAUAUUGACAAAAUUGGCAAGUGUUGUCAAGUUAAUUUUUAGCAUUGUUUAUUUGUAUGCUUUUAAAUUGUUAAUUCGUUUUAAAGAAAAAUUUGUAGUUAUGGUGGAAGAAAAGGAGGAAGAUUUUUCUGAUAAUUAACCCUCAACUUUCAAAAGGGGGGGGGUGAGAGAUUGUAUGGGACUUAAUACAAUUUUCAAGAGAAAAACCUGAAAAAUCUUACUGACACUUACUUUUUGUAGUAAAUAACAAGUCGUGUAAAUGUAUAAAGAUAAUCGGACACCUAGAAGCGGUGAAAUGGUACCUGUGGCCACGUUACUACAAGCCAAGCCCCAACUACCUCGCGCUAGGGGAUUGGACCAAGGACCCCUUCAUUUGGAUGCAUUACGUCGAAAGUGACGAUGGCAUAUUACCUGAGGAUGACGUGUUGAAAUCUACGGACUCACGGUACUGGUCGAUUCACGAUGUCCAGCGGUAUUAUUAUGGGGAGCUACACUGUGAGCAAGUUCUGUUCACCUACCAGUACCCCAACCUGAGGAUGCCCACACGCCAUGGCAGCCACCUGUGGAAGGCAAACACUGCCCUUAAAUUACCGCUCAAAAUGUACCAGAAGGAAUUACAUAGUUCUUUUGAAAUUACCUUGAAGAAAAUGGAAGCGAAGCAAGUCCAAAUGAACAGACUGAUAGUAUCGGAUCAACUGAUAAAAAUUGACCGGCUUGAUUACUUCAAACGACAAACCUUUUUUCGUAUUCUAUUAAAUAUAAUGAGUUUCCAGAACUCUUUGGAGCUGGUAUCAUUUGAGAACCUAUGCUGCAAGAGGCUGGAGGGAGUUCGGUUGAUACAGCAGCUUGCGUGUUUUAACGCUGACUCACUCAAAUACUUGUUCCUGUGGCGAUUCGUCCUACCCAAUGAAAAUCCUUUAAUUAUUAACUACAGUUAUAUCACGGGUAGUGGGGCAUAUAUACCUCGCCCAGACACCAGGCAGUGUUUCCUGAGAAGUUUGGGGGAGCUCCGCAACCUGAGGAUGAUAGCUCUGGAGUACUCCCACAUCGCUGACGGUACUGGCGGUGCCCUAAUCGCGCUAUUGCCCGUGCUCAAGCGAACGCAUUUCAGGUUGCAGCUCAUAUGUCGGGAAGAUCAAAUGCCUGGACGUGCGAAUGCCGCCCUUGGAACAGGAGGCUAUGGCAUUCCAGACACCGCCUGGAGACGUGUCACAAUAGCUUGUCCUGAUUUGUUUGUGUUGAUGGUUUUCUUCCGUAUUCGUGAUUAUGACAACAUCCGUCGAUUCUUGACACCCAGCAUACCUUUACGUGAGGUCCACCUGCAGCUCGGAAUCGACUUGAAGAUGAAACAGCGCCAAGAUUCAGACGUUAGUUGCUUUGUGCGGCACAUGGCCGGCCAGUAUGGGGAUACUCUUGUAACGCUGAGUAUUCACCAAUGGAGAUUUGCAAAUUUCCCGCUACGCCGCGUUUUUGAGCUGAUGCCGCACCUAGUCCGGUUCUUCUAUGUGGGUCGCGUGGAAGACGAAGUGGACCUAAAGAGGAUGUUAUAUAUAAUCGCGUGUGGCGUUUGUGAGAAACUCAAACAAAUCAUGAUUCAAAUUCAAGAUGAAGAGUGCAGAAGAGAUUAUUGGAAGAAUGUCGUCGAAUCACUGACAGAAGAAUUUGAAGAAAUCAUGGAAUUUUUAGGAGUCAAACUCUGUUUAUGUGUUUAUAAAGUAUAAUAUUGAUUUAUUAAAUGCCAUUGAUAAGCAUA